AUGAAUUUGCUAGAUUCCAUUCAUCGAGCUGUGCUGAAACAAAUGGAAGAAGAAGCUGUCAACCUGUUUUCAAGUGUGAGAGACUUCCGUGAGUUCAUCACAACGCCAUGUCCUGCACUUGAUGUCUGUGUGACGCUGAGAAUGUGUUGCGUUCACGUUGAGCGUCUUGAAGGUACCAACGCGACCCGCGUAGUCUUGGUGGACGGAAGGAAGUGUGUGGAAGUCAAUGGAGCCUUGGGCAUUGCCAGAGGUUGUGUAGAUUAUCUAGACAAGCACGACGUGGCGCAGGUGACUGUUUGGGAUUAA